GUCCUUUAAUUGCCCAACGGCCCUCUCUCCUCUCCCUCCAAAAUUCCCAAGAAAAACAGCCUCCUUUAUUGGACCAAAAACAGAGCAGCUGCCUUUUUCAACUCAAAUACUACUAAUAUUCAAAACCAGCUUCCUCUUCUUCUUCUCCAUUCUCUGCAAACCUAAACCAAAACUUUCUGCUACUCAAAAUCAAUUCAUGAGAAGCAAAAUUAAUUGAACUUUCCAAGGGUAUCUUGUGUAGAUGACUGUCUGGCUUCUCUUCAUAAUCCUCACCUUUCUCGGAUUCUCAUCUCCAGCUCAGAACCUCACCUGCAACUCCAAUGAUUUCCAAGCUCUCAACGCCUUUGCGCACCACCUCGAUUCACCUCUUGAUGGAUGGGAUGUCAACUCCUCCUGCUGCGAUUGGCCCGGCGUCACUUGCUCUUCUCCGCCGUCUCCCGCCGCCGCUAGGGUUAUUAAGCUGGAGCUCGCCGGCAGGAGGCUCUUCGGCAACCUCUCCGACUCUUUAGCCACUUUGGAGCAGCUCAAAACCCUCAAUCUCUCCCGCAAUUACCUCAAAGGCUUCAUCCCUCUCUCGCUCCUGCAUUUGCUCCACCUAGAAAUCCUCGACUUGAGCUACAAUGAUAUCUCCGGAUCGUUCCCGAGCACCAUCAAUCUGCCCUCCAUCACAGUCAUCAACUUCUCCGAGAACUCCAUCACCGGCGCUGUUCCGGCGGAGAUAUGCAUCAAUUCGAGUAGGAUUAGGGUUUUGAAUGUGGCCGACAAUUUUCUAAACGGAGUUGUUCCAAUAGGGCUGGGGAAUUGUACCUCAUUGGAGGAGCUUGCGCUCGCCACAAAUCUCAUCUCUGGCGCUCUGCCUGAAGAUCUGUUUCGUCUGCAGAAUUUGAACAAACUGUAUCUGCAGGAGAAUUUACUUUCUGGGCAGCUGAGUCGCCUCAUCGGUAACCUAUCUAAUCUCGUUCGUAUUGAUUUAUCUCUGAAUAGGUUGUCAGGAAAUCUUCCAGAUGUUUUUGAUAGAUUUGUAAAUUUGAGCUAUUUCUCAGCUCAAUCGAAUAGUUUCAAUGGUACAAUACCUGCUUCACUGGCUAAUUCACCAACAAUUGCUUCACUUAGUUUGAGAAACAAUUCAUUGGGUGAUACCAUUGAUCUUAACUGUUCGGCAAUGGUGAAUCUCGUUUCACUUGAUUUGGCUACUAAUCGGUUUCGAGGGAAGAUUCCUGCAAAUCUCCCUUCUUGUCAGAAAUUAAGGAUGAUAAAUUUGGCUAGGAAUUACUUCACAGGGGAGGUCCCUCAGAGUUUCAGGAAUUUCCAGAGCCUUACUUCCCUUUCGCUCUCGAAUUCCACCAUUUCCAACCUUACAGCAGCGCUAGACGUUCUGCAGCAUUGUAGGAGCUUGACAACACUAGUUCUCACUUUGAAUUUUCGUGAUGAAAUGAUGCCUGCUAACCCGAGUUUCGAGUUUUUAGGACUCAAGACCCUUGCGAUUGCCAGUUGCAGGCUCACUGGUGAUAUUCCCCAGUGGCUGAGUGGGUGCAGGGACUUGCAGCUGUUGGAUUUGUCAUGGAAUCGCAUGGGAGGUUCAAUUCCGCCUUGGUUUGGCAACUUGUCGUCUCUGUUUUACUUGGACUUAUCCAACAACUCUUUCACUGGGAACCUCCCCAAAGAGCUUACUCAAAUGCACAGCUUCAUCAGUGGUAAUGUGUCGAUGGUGGAACCUUCCCCGGAUUUCCCCCUUUUUGUAAGAAAGAACCAGUAUGGUCUCAAGUACAAGAGGGCAAUGAACUUUCCUCCAACGCUGGAACUUGGGAACAACCUUCUUACGGGGCCAAUCUGGCCGGAAUUUGGUAAUUUGAGAAGGUUGCAUGUUUUGGACCUGAAAUGCAAUAACUUAUCCGGAUCCAUUCCGAGCACUUUGUCUCUCUUGACGAGCCUAGAGACUUUGGAUUUGUCUUUCAAUGAUCUGAAUGGAACAAUACCACGUUCUUUCAGCAACCUCACAUUUCUGUCAUACUUCAGUGUGGCUCACAAUGCUCUCUCAGGGUCUAUUCCUUCUGGAAAUCAGUUUGCAACAUUUCCCAACUCGAGCUUUGAAGGUAACCCAGGUCUCUGUGGAGACCAUGGGUUUGAUCUUUGUGGAGUUAACAACAAUGUCCCUGGCCUAUCAGUUCACAAGUCAAAGAGAACAACGGGAGUUGCUAUAGCAGUGGGUGUUGGAAUUGGUGCAGGGACUAUUAUUCUUGCUGCUCUUGUCUACUUGAUUGUUAUGUGCUCAAGCAAGCGAAAGAUUGUGGAUCCAGAGAAUGAAGAUGCUGAUGCCACGGAAAAGAAUUUGGAAGACAUAUCGAGUCUAGUUAUUCUGUGUCAGAACAAGGAGAACAAAGAGAUUUUCCUUGACGAUCUUUUGAAGGCUACAGAUGAUUUUGAUCAAUCAAAUAUCAUUGGUUGUGGAGGAUUUGGAUUGGUCUAUAAGGCCGUCCUCUCUGAUGGAAGGAAGGUGGCGAUAAAACGGCUCUCAGGCGAAUACUUCCAAAUUGAGAGGGAAUUCCAAGCCGAAAUAGAGACCCUCUCGAGAGCACAGCACCCAAAUCUUGUUCAUCUUCAAGGAUAUUGUAAGUACAAGAAUGACAGGCUUCUCAUAUACACAUAUAUGGAGAAUGGUAGCCUUGAUUACUGGUUACAUGAGAAAACUGAUGUCCCUUCCUCGUUAGAUUGGGAAACAAGGCUGCAGAUCGCGAGGGGAGCAGCAAGAGGUCUCGCUUAUUUACACCAGUCUUGUGACCCUCGAAUCCUCCACCGGGAUAUAAAAUCAAGCAACAUUCUUUUGGAUGAAAAAUUUGAAGCUCAUUUAGCUGAUUUUGGACUUGCGAGGCUCAUUCUUCCUUAUGACACUCAUGUCACAACCGACCUUGUUGGAACGCUCGGCUACAUUCCUCCAGAGUACGGUCAGGCCUCGGUUGCAACCUACAAAGGGGAUAUAUACAGUUUUGGAGUUGUUCUUUUGGAACUUCUUACUGGCAAGAGGCCAAUGGAUAUGUGCAGACCAAAACCAUACCGGGAUAUGAUUUCAUGGGUGAUUCGAAUGAAGAGGGAAAGCAGGGAAGUGGAAGUCUUGGAUCCAUUCGUUUAUGACAAGCAACACGCGCAGGUGAUGCUAACCAUUCUCGAGAUUGCUUGCCUUUGUUUGAGGGAGAAUCCGAAGGCGAGGCCAUGUACCCUGCAGUUAGUUUCAUGGCUUGACAACAUUGAUUCAGUCUCUGUUUUGCAUCCGAGCUAGAGAAAGUCGAGUAGCCUCGGAGCAAGAUGAAUGUGCUUCGACUCCUUCACUUUCUCACGGGUAAGUUUUUUAUUUUUAUUAAUUUUUCAAUCUGGAAUGCAUACUCCGAUGCAUUUUGUUGUAUAUAAAUUGUUCACAUUGUUUCAAUUGUAUGUGAAGUAAUUAUAGAAAUCUUCUAAAUA